AUGCGCACACGCCGCCUGCAGCGCGUGCUGGGCCGCUGCCCGCAGCUCCUGGGCCUGCCCAGGAAGCGGCUGGAGGCCGUGGAGCGGCUGCUGCGCGAGCGCUGCCUCUUCACGGCGGCGCAGCUGAGCGCCGUGCUGCACGCGUGCCCCGCCGUGCUGCUCCGCGAGCCGCCCGCCCUGCACCACCACUUCCAGUACGCCUACUUCAGGAUGGGGCUGCGGCACGAGGCCAUGGUGAAGGGGCGCCUCUUCUGCGCGCCCUUCGCCGAGCUGCGCCGCCGCCACGGCUUCCUCGAGCGCCUGGGGCUCUACCGGGCGCCGCGCAAGGGCCAGGAGCACCCGCAGAACCCCCAGCUGAAGGACAUCCUGCACCUGCCCGAGGACGCCUUCCUGGCCAGCGUGGCCCGCGCCACGCCGCAGGAGUACGAGGUCUUCAAGAAGCUGCUGGCUCGUGAGGAGGAAGAGGAGGAACGAGAGCAGGAGGAGGAGGAGGAGGAGGAGGACGACGACGACGACGUGCUGUUUGCAGAGGGAGAUGAAGACCUGGGCAGUGAAGGCUCGAGGAGCUGAUGCUCCGAGGGGCCUGUCCCGCUGCCUCCAUCACACGUGAGCCACGGGAGGUGAGAGGACCUGCUCCCCCGCUGCCGCCCGGGUGGCUCCGAGCUGCGGGAAGGCUCUGGUCCAGGGGCAGGCACCGGGCGCACAGUGGAGUCCUCAGGGGGCUGGCGGGGGACACAGAGGAGCU